UAUAUGAUGCCUUACUUUUAUGAUUUUCCUGAUUUUUGUGCAUCUGAUUCGUGAGGCUGUAGUCAUGGUCAAAGAGCAAGAUCAGGUUCAGAACUGUGGUUUCCAUUCAAGAGAUUUUUUUAGAGCAAAAGGAGAGGUAAGAGCUCAGAAGCCAGACCAAUACCGGCCAGUGAGAGACGGGAAGUGAGGAUUUAAAUCAGAAGCAGGCUGGAUGAUGAUGGAUUGCUGGGGACAAUUAGUCACCUCGUGUGGCGGUGCUUAGGGUUAAUAAGCUGCUUGCGGUGCAAAGGAGCCGUAACACCAAAAGUAUUGGGACAGGAAAGUCAACACUUUAAUUUUGUUUUACAGUCUAGACAUUUGUAUUUUUGAUCACAGGAUUAAUAUUAAUUUUAAGUACAAUAUCAUAUAUUUAAUUUAUGUGUAAUUUCAUGCCAACAUUUGGGUCAAUCCAGUGAUUUCAAGUGACUGUAGUUAUGUUUAGCAUUAACACUAGUGAUGCUCUCUUGUGAUGGAGUUGAAACACAGUUAGAUAUAACCUGCCAAGCUAAUGUACAACUCAACUUUGCUGUUGUGACUUUGUGUCCUCCUCCCCCCUGUUACUGUGUUGCCCAUAUUCCCUUGCAGCUCAUCAACAAGAAGAAGUAUGGCACUCUGUGGCUGUCAGAAGUCCGUGGACACAAAGCAGUGAAUGUUGCAGAUCCACAUCUGAUCGAGCAGGUAUUAAGGAAUGAGGGGAGGUUUCCCAGCAGAGGGGACAUUAAAGAAUGGAAGGAGCAUCGUAGACUUCAGGGCCUGGAAUUUGGACCUAUUCUCAAGCAUUUCAUCUGUUGUAUUGGAUUGUCGACUGGGGUGCCUAGAGGCCAACAUUCCUAAAGAAACUCAAGAGUUUAUCAGUGCUGUUAACACUAUGUUGCAGAUGUCUGCCAUAGUCCCUGUUUUACCAGAAUGGACCAGGCCUUUUCUUCCAUUCUGGAAAAAACACAAUCAGGCCUGGGAUACCAUGUUCAAUUUUGCCAAAAGAAAAGUUGAUCAAAGGUUGGCAGGUCUUCAGACUCAGCUUGAGAGAGGGGAUCCUGUUGAAGGUGAUUACCUGACUUAUUUACUGAAGUCUCAGGAACUGACUCAGUCAGAGAUCUACAGUAGUGUCACUGACCUCCUGCUGGCUGGGGUGGAUACUACUUCUAAUACACUGACCUGGGCUCUCUACCACUUGGCAAGAGACCAAGAGUUACAGAACUCUGUCUACAGAGAGGUGUCCGGUGUCAUUCCUGGGGACCAUAUUCCUAAUGCAGUGGACCUGGAAAAAAUGCCACUGGUGAAAGCAGUUAUUAAGGAAGUGCUAAGGUUGUAUCCUGUGGUUCCUGCAAAUGGCAGAAUUCUCCAAACGGACCUUGUUCUUGGUGAAUACUAUAUACCCUCUAAGGUUUUCAUGGUUCUCUGUCACUACGCUGCUUCAGUGGAAGAAUCACAGUUUCCUGACCCUCUGGCAUUCAAACCAGAGCGAUGGAUUAAAAAGGAACAGGGGAAGAAACCACAUCCCUUUAGCUCAGUUCCUUUUGGAUAUGGAGUACGAGGUUGCUUAGGUCGUAGGAUAGCAGAGCUGGAAAUGUACCUGGCUUUAUCAAGGCUGGUUAAGAACUUUGAAAUCCAAACAAAUCCAAAAUCCAAACCUGUCAAUCCAAAGACCCGAAUUUUGAUUGUCCCAGGAGCUCCUGUCAACCUUGAAUUUCACAAUCGAAGCUCUGUGGUUUGACAUUCAGAAAGUAUGUUAACUGAAUGCCUCGAACACCAACACUAGGCAUUCUGUUUAUGGAGUACGCUUGACAUCAUUUUACAAAUCCUUUAAAAUAGUUAUGGUUUGAUAAAGGCAAUAACAUGUUAUGAUAAGAGGUAUAUAACUGUUUGUUAAACUGCUGAGUGAAAAAAUUGGCUAUUUUAUUCAGUAUUUGCAAAGGAAGGAUUCUGGUCUGACAAUAACCAGAGGUCGGUCAAAUAAAAAAGUUUGGUACCCACACAGUAAAAGCAGUACACAGCAACAUAAAGGAUCUGUGCACAUACUGUACACAUUUGUCUCACCUUACCUAACAGUUGACAAUUUCUCAGAGGUAUACUAUUUUCUGUCUUAAAUAAUAUUUUGUAAAAUGUGCUAAAGCAAUUAUGCAUGACAUUUGGAAAUGUUUGUUACAAAUAUAUACUGUACAACAGGACCAAAAUGAUGAAUAUUAAUAUAAAUUAACCAGUAAUUGUCUGUUUGCAGGUUAGGAGAAAACAAAAACAUUUCAUGUUCAUAAAGCAAUAACACUCUGCACCACUACAAAAUAGAUCUUGCAGUGCAAGGGGCUUCCAGAUGUGCUUUUUUGUAAAGCAUUUUAUAACAAUACCUGGUAAAAGUGAGUGGUAUUUAUGCAAGUGUUCUAUUUCACUCUGCCAGUUUGCUCUAGAGAUGAAGUAAACUAUAAACAGCUAUUGAGGUGAAGCAAACAGUGAUUAGAAAUUGCAUGUUGUGUCCCUAGGGCCCCAUCAUUUUCUUAUGCUCCAAAUCAUGUUCAAAGUGAGUAAUAAGAAGGAUGGGUACAGUGUAUGUGCUUAUUUACUGCUUCAUACCAUGCUUUUUAGUGCAACAUACUGUACAUCAUAACUAAGUGCCUUUUUUCUGUAAAAAUAAACAACCUUUUCAAACUCA